AUUAGGAUACGUUUGGGAACACUUGAACGGGAUCAACGGCGGUCGACGAACACCUUUACGGCUGAGCGGGAUGAAACGCGUUUUUGUUUUGCAAACGAACCACCAAAAAGAGUUUCAUUCAGUGCACACUUGAGACUUUGGGGGAAGCGCGUUUCGUCCGCACGCACACACUCAGUUAUCACUCGUGGAGAGUUUGGAAGUUGUUACACUGAUUCCCAAAUCCAGCUGCAUCAGAGGAAUGUUCCCUGUAAGGAUGUAUCAUAUAUUGAGGAUUACAACUGGAGCUCAUCUGGUGGCCACGCUCAUCUUUUUUGCAACGUUUGCAUAUGCAGAGGCUGACGUGAACCUGUUGGAGUCUGGAGAGAUUGAGGCUCUCGCGGAGGCCCAAAGUGGAGGUCUGCCAACACCUGAAGGAUAUUACCUGGAGUUUCUGGAGCAGCCAAACAAUAUAACUAUAGUGCAGGGUCAGACGGCCACGUUACACUGCAAAGUAGCAGGGCACCCAAGGCCCAGUAUCCGUUGGCUGAAGAACGACGCUCCGGUGGUGCAGGAACAGGGCCGAGUCUCCAUCCGCAAGACUGAGGCGGGAUCCAAACUCCGCAUUCAGGACCUGGACACCACCGACACCGGAUACUACCAGUGUGUGGCCACCAACUCCAUCAAGGUCAUUUCAGCAACUGGAGUGCUGUAUGUGCGACUAGGCAAUACAGGACAGUCGCCGGCCCACGGAGCUGAGGAUUCGACUCAUGAGAAGGGCUUCUGCCAGCCGUACAGAGGCAUAGCUUGUGCUCGCUUCAUUGGAAACAGGAGCAUCUACGUAGAGUCUCUACAGAUGCAGGGAGAAAGUGAAAACCGCAUCACUGCGGCCUUCACGAUGAUUGGCACCUCGACGCAGCUCUCUGACCAGUGCUCUGAGUUUGCCAUCCCAUCCUUCUGCUAUUAUGUCUUCCCGUUAUGUGAGGAGGGCACGAGAGGUCCGCGCCGGCGCCAGCUGUGCCGGGACGAGUGCGAGGCUUUGGAGAAUGACCUGUGCAAUGCGGAGUACACCAUCGCACGCUCCAACCCGCUGAUCCUCAUGCAGCUGGAGCUGCCCGUCUGCAGCCUGCUCCCACACCCCGGAUCACCCGACGCCUCCAGCUGCAUCCGCAUCGGCCUGCCGCCACAAUAUUCACCCCCAAAUCACAGCUGUUACAAUGGAAGCGGCGGCAACUACAAAGGCACAGUCAGCGUCACCAAAUCGGGCUUCCAGUGUCAGCCCUGGAGCACGCAGUAUCCACACAGCCAUCACUUGAGCCCUAUCGAGUACCCUGAACUUAGAGGAGGACACAACUUCUGCAGGAACCCUGGAGGGCAAAUGGAGAGCCCGUGGUGCUUCACGUUGGACCCGAAUGUUCGAGUGGAUCUCUGCGACAUUCAGCCCUGCAAUCCUCCGGAGAAAAUGAAAAAGGAGCUCCUGUACAUCUUAAUCCCGAGUGUAGCCACUCCUCUUGUUUUUGCCUGCUUGUUCUUCUUGAUCUGCAUGUGCCGCAACAAACAGAAGGAGUCUGUUGACACUCCAACACGCAGACAGCUCACGGCCUCGCCGAGUCAGGAGAUGGAGCUGCCGCUGCUUAAUCAGCACAAACAUCAGGCAAAGUUACGAGAACUCAACUUGUCAGCAGUUCGAUUCAUGGAAGAACUUGGAGAGGAUCGUUUUGGAAAGGUCUACAAAGGUCACCUCUAUGGUACAGCACCAGGAGAACAGACCCAGGUGGUGGCUAUAAAGACGGUCAAAGACAAGGACGAGGGACCACUGCGGGAAGAGUUCCGGCAUGAGGCGAUGCUCCGCUCCCGUCUGCAGCAUCCCAAUAUUGUCUGCCUUCUAGGAGUGAUAACAAAAGAACAACCAAUGAGCAUGAUCUUCAGCUACUCGGGCCAAGGAGAUCUCCACGAGUUCCUGGUCAUGCGUUCGCCGCACUCUGACGUCGGCAGCUCGGAUGAUGACAAAACGGUUAAAUCCACACUGGAGCAGGCCGAUUUCCUGCACAUCGUCACACAGGUAGCAGCUGGAAUGGAGUAUCUUUCCAGUCACCAUGUGGUGCACAAAGAUCUGGCCGCUCGAAACAUUCUGGUUUGCGAUAAGCUCAAUGUUAAGAUCCUGGACCUCGGGUUGUUCAGAGAGGUCUACUCCGCGGACUACUACAAACUUAUGGGUACCAGUCCCUUCCCAAUCCGCUGGAUGUCCCCUGAAGCCAUCCUAUAUGGGAAGUUCUCAACCGAUUCCGACAUCUGGGCCUACGGCGUAGUGCUUUGGGAGAUCUUCAGCUACGGCCUUCAGCCUUACUGUGGCUACUCGAAUCAAGAUGUGAUUGAGAUGGUACGUAACAGACAAGUGCUCUCUUCCCCAGAUGACUGUCCAGCCUGGAUCUACACACUGAUGCUAGAGUGCUGGAACGAGUUUCCCACAAGAAGACCACGAUUUAAAGACAUCCACGCACGAUUGCGCACAUGGGAGAGCUUGUCCAACUACAACAGCUCCGCUCAGACCUCAGGAGCAAGCAACACCACUCAAACCAGCUCCCUCAGCACGAGUCCCGUCAGUAAUAUCAGCAAUGCCCGCUAUGUUAGUUCCAAGAAGUCAUCACCCUUUCCUCAGCCUCAGUUUGUGUCCAUGAAAGGCCAGAUGCGGCCAAUGGUACCACCUCAACUCUACAUCCCAGUCAAUGGCUAUCAGCCAAUGCCGGCUUACCCGUAUCUCCAGAACUUCUACCCCAUGCAGAUGCCCAUGCAGAUGCCGCCUCAGCAGAUGCACCCACAGAUGGUGGCCAAGGCUGGGUCGCACCACAGCGGCAGCGGCUCCACCAGCACUGGAUACGUGACCACAGCACCAUCAAAUGGAUCAGGCACAGAUAAAGUCGCCCUUAUGAAUGAUGACCUGAAGGCAACGGAGGAUGAUUUCGCAGAUGGGGCGUCUCAGAAAGGCCUACACCAUGAGGACCUGUCGGUUCCAGAAACUGAGCUCCUGGGGGACAAUGACAGCCCGCACAUGGAGGACAAUGAAAUCAACUCUGACGCAUAAGACGAUCUUAUUUUUUUAGCCAGAUGAGAAGAAUGGUUCUCUGCUAUGUAAUGAUUGGAUCUUUUUCUCUGAUCUACAGGUUUAAAAAGUGAAGGGAAACCAGUAAGUGACACGUGGAUGUUGUGUUAUUUAUGGGGUUUUAUUUGUGUUAUCGGCAGCCACUGAUGGAUGAGGACACAUUAGGUUGUUGGAGAUAUUUUUCUACGAGAUUUCAGCUUGUGAGCUGGAGUUUUUCCAGUCUAUGAUGAAGAAUUGAACGUUCAGACUUUCUGCACUGGGGUCGCUAGAUGAUGUGAUCCAGUCUACAACAAUGGACUUUUUGUUGGUCUGGUUGUUUUAAUCAAAUUGUUGCAAAGCUGUUCAGAAGAAUGCAUGUUCUUACUGUUGCUGUGCAACACCAAACAUCAUUUCAAGAAUUUUUGUGGGUAUUAUUCAUUAAUGUUACCACUUCAUAUAUGGCAGCAUCAUCGAGAACAAGAGUUCAAUUCUUUUACUUCAUUAACGAGCCUUUACGUUUAAUGGGUUUCUUGCUUGAGGGCACUGGUAAGUGAUCACGCAUCAUGAAAUUGAACUAUAAAAGACAUUGAUGCUCAAUUGUCCAGUUUUAGAAGUUGCUUUUAUAAAAAUGUUGUAAAGAUUUGUAAUUUAUGCCAUUUGAUUGUAUUGAAGAAGUGUAACUGGUGUGUAAUGUUCUUAUGCCUCAUUUUUAAGCAGAUUUUUUAGCCUUUAGUAUUACUUUAAAAGUCAUCCCAACCAGAAACUUGCUUUCUAUCAAGAUGUUAACAAACAUUAAUCCUACAUUUUGUCAUCCAGCCAUGCGCAGAUACAAUAAAGUAAUACAUCUUA